GCAGUAUUUUUGGCGGCUCCUCACGCCUUUGAAAUAUUUCCUUUUGCCUCCAUUCUUCCAUUCUCAGUGAGCAUCAAGAAAAUUAGCAAUGGAGCAGCAGCACAGGAAUCAGAAGUCGAUGCAAGACCAAAAUGAUGAAAUCGAGGAUGUUCAACACGGCCCUUUUCCAGUUGAACAACUUCAGGCAUCAGGGAUUGCAGCUCUAGAUGUAAAAAAACUCAAGGAUGCUGGUCUAUGUACAGUUGAAUCUGUUGUUUAUGCUCCAAGAAAGGAACUUCUGCAGAUAAAAGGAAUUAGUGAAGCUAAAGUUGACAAGAUUAUUGAGGCAGCUUCAAAAUUAGUGCCUUUGGGAUUCACUAGUGCCAGCCAACUCCAUGCACAGAGGCUUGAAAUCAUACAGAUAACUUCUGGAUCGAAAGAACUUGACAAGAUAUUAGAAGGAGGAAUCGAAACUGGAUCUAUUACUGAAAUUUACGGAGAGUUCCGAUGUGGAAAGACUCAGCUGUGUCACACACUAUGCGUGACUUGUCAACUUCCAUUAGAUCAGGGAGGUGGUGAAGGGAAAGCAAUGUACAUUGAUGCUGAGGGUACUUUCAGACCACAAAGACUUUUACAAAUUGCAGACAGGUAUGGAUUGAAUGGUCCUGAUGUCCUGGAGAAUGUAGCCUAUGCUCGAGCUUAUAAUACCGAUCAUCAAUCAAGACUUUUGCUUGAGGCAGCCUCAAUGAUGGUGGAGACCAGGUUUGCUCUCAUGAUUGUGGACAGUGCUACUGCCCUUUAUAGAACUGACUUCUCUGGGAGAGGAGAGUUGUCUGCCAGGCAGAUGCAUCUUGCAAAGUUUCUGAGAAGCCUUCAGAAGUUAGCAGAUGAGUUUGGUGUUGCUGUUGUUAUUACGAACCAAGUUGUUGCUCAAGUGGAUGGUUCUGCUGUAUUUGCUGGGCCUCAAAUAAAACCCAUUGGUGGCAACAUCAUGGCACAUGCUUCUACGACGAGACUAGCUCUGAGGAAGGGUAGGGCCGAGGAGCGGAUUUGUAAAGUAGUCAGUUCGCCAUGCUUAGCUGAAGCAGAAGCAAGAUUUCAAAUUUCUGUUGAAGGAGUCACUGAUGUAAAGGACUAAAUGUGUGAUCAGCACAUUGUUUACUACUAGUACUAUUUUUUGUUUCCUACUUGGUGUACGAUUUUGUCAUCGUUUUGAAGGUUAGUUAACCAUAAAAAGAAGUAUGCUAUAUGAAAACACUCUGCAGUUUUUGUAGAACAAUAUUCCUUUCUUCUACUAAAUGUAAAUGCUCCUUCUCUUUUUGUG